GUAUCCUUAUAGACUAGCAGAUAAAUGAAACGCGUUAACUUUUGACACAGAAUACUUCUUGUGAGAACCAUGACGCCUUUAACUUUAGACCAGCCAGUUCGCAGCUUCAUAUUUCACGCCAGUGUUUUGGGUUUGAAAAUGUUAUCCAUGUCGUUUCUUACUGCGGUGCAGCGAUUUCGUAAGAGAGCAUUUGCCAAUGAAGAAGACGCAAAGAUUUUAGCCAAGAGCGUAGUGACAUUAACCGAUCCAGACGUGGAGAGAGUGCGCCGAGCCCAUUUAAAUGAUCUAGAAAGUAUUCCACUGUUCUGGAUUUUAGGCGGGUUGUACUUGACGAUCGGCCCGUCUGCUGCUCUAGCUACAACCCUUUUCCGUACAUAUACAGUAAGUCGUAUUGUACACACCGUUGUUUACGCAAUCAUACCAUUACCCCAGCCAGCCCGUGGCAUUGCGUUCGAUAUUUCAUUUCUAAUUACACUUUAUAUGGGAGCUCAAGUUAUAUCACAUUAUAUAAUGAGUUAUUGAAUGCUUCUUUUAUU